AUGCGGAAGUUUUUAUGCGCCGCAGUUGUUCUUGCCCUAGCUGCCGGAAGCCUUUGCCAUGCACAUGAAAGCGAUGGCGAACCCACCAUCGCCGUGGAGAGCACUAGGAGCACGACACAGACCGUAACCACCAGUAAAGCAACCGCGUCUUCUUCGGCACGCACGACCACACCUCCACUCGGCAGCGGAACGUGUCCCAGCCGUACUGUCAAUUACAUUACCCACACAUUGCCGCAGCAGUGCCUGCGGCCCGAUCGGCUGAAUACAACCACAACUCAGAGUACUGAGACUAGCAUUGACGCUAUCAAUCUUUCCAGCUUAGGGUCAGAGAGGUCUUUGGGUGACGAAUCCGCGACGGCAAGCUCGGCAACUGGAACCGCCCAUGAACUUCCAUCGACAGAACAGUCGCUGGAGGCCUCUCCCUCCCGUGUCGUUGAUGAUGUCCCGGAGGCAAGGCAAACUCCUUCGGUCGCUUCGGACCUCCAGACUGCCUCGACGUCCAUCCAGGCUGUAGAUACGGUGAAUAGCGAAGCAGAGACUGAUUCACCACUCGACAAUGCGAAGUUUCUGUCUUUCGAAGAGUGGAAGCAGCAGAACCAUGUCAAAGCACCAGAGCCAGGCCGCGAUCCCCAACAAGGUCCCGAUCGACCACGUCCCGGCAUUAACAAUGCUCUUGACGGGUUCGGGGAGGAGGGAGAGAUCGAGCUAGACUUCUCAGGUUUUGGUAGCCCCGCGAGUGGACCAAGACAGCAGCAGGCUGCAUACAGAGCCAGUGAUGAUUCUGCGGCGGGUCAAGCGACACCUACGGCUCACUCUCCGAGAUCAAAAGAUGCCGGGAAGACGUGUAAGGAACGGACAAAUUAUGCUUCGUUCGAUUGCGCUGCCACCGUCCUCAAGAACAACCCCGAGUGCAAGUCGGCAUCUUCAGUUUUGGUGGAGAACAAGGACAGCUACAUGCUCAAUACCUGCUCUGCUCAGAACAAGUUUUUUAUUGUCGAGCUGUGUAACGACAUCUUGGUGGACACGAUUGUACUCGCCAAUUAUGAGUUCUUCAGCAGCAUCUUCCGACACUUUCGAGUCUCGGUAUCUGACGUCUAUCCCGUUCAGCUGGAUAAAUGGAAGGAUCUCGGGACCUUCGAAGCUCGCAACACUCGGGAGGUACAAGCAUUCCUCAUCGAGCACCCACAGAUAUGGGCUCGAUAUCUAAGGAUCGAGUUCCUGACUCACUAUGGCAGCGAGUACUACUGCCCCGUCAGUUUACUUCGAAUCCACGGCACAACCAUGUUGGAAGACAUGCGACAUCAGGAAUACGCAGCUCAGCAUGAAGUCCGCGAGGAGAAGAUGCCAGCAGCCGAACCCACAGCUGAAGCUCAAGAGCCUGCAUCGUCGACCAAUGAGCAUGCUAAGCAGACGCUGCAGGCAGUACCUGCGGUCGAGAAGGAAACGUUGCCAGCAGAUGGAGCAGCAAGCAGUACCGCUGUCACUGGUAUCUCGACGUCGAGCCACCGUUCUAAACCAUCCGAGAUCGCUUCUCAGCAGCCUGGAUCAACCCAAAGUGGCACCAGCGAAAAUUCUCCAACAUCUACUGCAGAAGCGUCAUCGAUGUCCGUAGCCAGUUCUUCUGGCCCUCCGUCCGAAGGCACUGGAACCAUGUCUGAGACUGGGAGCGCAAGCACUAAAUCUGCGGCCCAUGCGUUGACGAGUAAGAGUGACGAUGUUGUACAAACUUCGGAAAAUACCCAAGCUUCAACCAUGCCUCCAGGUGCCAAAGCGCAACAGUCCAGCUCAGCAAACGACUUGCCCGUAAACAACAGCACGCCCGAGCUACAGGCCACAGACUCGGCCGUGUUGGUGGAGACACAGCCAGUGGGCGAACCAUCACGCUCCGCUGCGUCCUCGGACAUCACCAAUUCAAGCGACACCGCGUUGUCGUCGAGCAGCAGCUCAAACAGCACCAAGAGUAUCGCCGCAAGCACAGCAUCUGCCCCCGCACCGCCACAGCCAUCCACACAAGAGUCCUUCUUCAAGUCGAUCCACAAGCGUCUGCAACAGCUUGAAGCGAACAGCACACUGUCUCUUCAGUACAUCGAAGAGCAGUCGCGGAUACUGCGCGAUGCCUUCUCGAAGGUCGAAAAGCGGCAAAUCUCCGCCACGAGCUCAUUCCUCUCAAAUCUCAAUCAGACUGUGAUGCAAGAGCUGCAUGGGUUCCGGCAGGCGUACGAUCAACUCUGGCAAAGCACGGUCAUCGAGCUGGAAGGCCAACGUGAACAGUAUCAGCGAGAGAUGCUAGCUAUGAGCUCACGCCUGACCCUCGUCGCUGACGAGCUGGUCUGGCAGAAACGUAUGGGUAUCGUGCAGUCGACGCUUCUACUCCUUUGCCUCGGUCUUGUGCUCUUCGCCCGCCAAGGCAACACAGGCUACCUCGAAGUCCCGCUGAUGCAGCAGAUGAUGAACAAAUCUUCUGCUGCCCUAGGUCGCACAGGAUGGGAGAGUCCACCUAUCAGUCCUUCGCCUGAGAGCAGAUCUCCAGUCAGCCAAUUUCGAAGGAGAAUCUGGCGUUCUGUCACCGACCCGAGCUCCGGGGGUGGUAAUGCCACUGACCGCACAGCCUCGGUGACUGACAGUCGGCCGGAGAGCAAGGAUGGUCCGCUGACGGUCGAUGUUCACGUCGAGCCACCUACACCACCGAAAGAAGAGCGAGGGAGUGCCAGCACAGAGUGGGAUGAUGCUGACGAUGAACAGGAUGUGUUGGAUCCGAGAGAGUCGCGGAGUGGGCCUUCUACACCGAGAGGCACAAGGGAGAGUGAGAGCGCUGGUGAGGGAUAUCUGGAUGCUGGCUAA